AUGGUAACUGCCACUUGCAUGUGGAAAAGGCCGGUGUCUUCCGAGUUUGUUGCCGGAGCUGUCCUGCCGGAAAAGGGGCGGAGAUCUAGCUAUUGCAGAAGAGAAGGACUGAAGGGGUGCACUCCCGCUGUAAAAAACAGGCAACAAUCCUUGCUGCAGUUAUUGCUUCUUCAGGGACCUUGGGGAGAGAAUCCCAAGAAACCCGUAAAUCGCCCACAGGCCCCGGGGGCUGGCUUCAAAUGUGGUAAGACCGGACAUUGGGCUAGGAAGAGCCGUCCCCAACCGCCUCCUCCUGGACCAUGGCCGAACUGUGGGAAAGGGUCCUGGAAGCAAGAUUGCCCCUUUGACCGUCCAAGCGGCCAGAGAAGCCGAGAUUGUCGCCCUUGCCGUCCUAAAACCCAACUUCCUGCGCUCUGGGACCAACCGGACUCCGGGAUGAGGGGCCUGGGGAUCUGCCCAGCCCCUACGAUAUCCAUCACUAUGGCUGAGCCCAGGGUCAUAUUGGAAGUAGGCGAUUCUGUGAAUCCUGAACCGCGCUAUACCUGUGAGCCUGCUGAAGACCUGAAGUUCCUGUCUAAAAGAAACAAAAGAAGAAGGACGACUAGCCUGGUAAAUAUGAGGCUGCAUUUUGUCCUUUUGUUUAAUAUUUUCUUUUCCUAUCCAAUUUGUGUGUGUAGUUCCACAUGGUACGAUGAUGCUCUUGUCAAACUGGGGGAAGCAGUGGCAAAAGCAAGACCUACUGAUUGUUGGGUGUGUAAAGGACACCCUCAGAGUGAAGUUAACCCCUUUCCUACUCUUUCACACUUAUAUGCCACCUCACCUUUAUUAUUCACCCCACUGUGGAGUACAUUGAAUAAUUGUUUUUUGACUGGUAAACCUUUCGGACUGGUGCAUGUUAAUUCUGCUAAUAAUAUAGGGACACAGUUAUGA